AUGGUUCAUCGAAUAAACAGGCAAACCAAGAAGGAUGGUCAGGAUAUUGCCUCUGGAGGAAAGUGGAUUAAACUUAAAUCCAUCAUUUUGCCAGACCAAGUUAUGGUCUUAGCCGGAGAUCUGGAGGAUGGGUUCGACUUGGACAAAAUUGAUGCAGAAAUCAAAAUCGAGAAAAUUCGACAAACCGCUUCAAAGUUGUCAUGGGACGGCUUUCAACAGGCUCUUCGUAGAAAUUUGAUGGAAAAACGGUUCGUUUUUGAUACUGAAGGGCGUAUAGAUCUGCUACAGGCUAUCUCUACCAUCCGACGUAAUCUCCCCGUUGACAAGAAUGCUGAACUUUCUGUAAAGCUGAAGCAGCUAUCCGACAGCUUAGAAUGUUCAUUGACAUCUCAGUUAGGCGUUACAAUUAUGAAAAAUGUAGACGUUUCACUGGAAUUCUCUCACGACGGCGACGAAGUCACCUCGUGCAAAAUCGGAUAUUUUGGAAAACAACCGGUUGUCUGUGACGAAGCCGUUGAGCUGAUACGAGCUGGAGAAUUUGGUAAACUUCGAAGCAAGAUAUUUGCAGUUCUAGCAACAAUUCCAAGCAAUAUGACUGUGGCAGAGAGGAGCUUUUGUGUAAAUGCCCUCGAUUUAUUCGAAGGGUUUCUCUUGUCGUCAAGCCGUGGCAAUUUUUCUUUUGAAGCGAUAUCCACUCUUCUUCAUGGCCUAUUGCUUCCUAGAACUCCUCUGAGACCUGCUAGAAUCUACUACACCGUUGAGCCGAGCUAUAUUGUUACGACACGAAGAAGACAAUUGGAGCUAUCGGACUUGGACAAUCUCGACUACAUGGAACUUUCGGUAGUUUCGAUUGACAAAGAGAUUCAAAUGCCUGCAGGAGACGUUCGCAACCCAUGGUCGUCGUUAUCCAUCUGCAAAGCAAGCCUUCAACUUCAUUUUUCCACGCCGAUGCUGUUCAGCUACGGUAUGUGGCGUCGCUUGGAACGACAUUUAGCUAGACCAGCUGCUGUGAAAGAAAACGUUAAUCUAUACCGAUACAUGAGCGGUUUCAAAUUCGAGGAGCCAGAGCUUGUGAUGCGCACAUGUUUACCAGAACCGCAUCUUCAGCACUGGUACACAGUAAAUACAACUUCACUCCUAGACGAGAAGGACUGCGUGAUUUCUGACAUUUGCAUUGGAAACGGAGCGGAUUUGGCGGAGGUUGUAUCCAUCGUAAGAGCUCAAGCUAUUCAUAAUAGCCUGUGGGAGUCUCUCCUUGCUAUGAGUACCGGGAAAUGGAAGAAAGGUCUGGCACAUGUUGACAUUCGAAUAGUUCCCUCUCCAGCUCGUUUUGAACUAUCGUUGUGUGCGGAAAGCAAGAUGUACCUAAUUCGUAUCGAGCUGACUCGUGAAUUCGAAUGGAUCGGUACCGUGGAGGAUUCGGAUGGCGAAAAAGUUAACGUCGAGUUGGACUCUUUGCUCACUACUAGGAUUAAUACAACUCGUUCAAUACCUGUCGCUUUGGUUCGCGUCUUCAAGGAACUCGGAUGUCAAGGUGUUGGUGGUGACGCAGAGAACAGCUCAAACACAGUGGAAGUUGACAACGAGACAAACAUUGUAUCAAAUAUGGAUAAAGUUGGCACUGCGUGGUUGCCAAUGUUGAACAGCAGGAAACAACAGAAACAGCGUCGACCAUCUUCACCUGAAUUCACCUACGAGGUGCAUUCAGUGCCGAUGGCAACGCGAGGCGGACUUCUAGCGUCCUACAAAGAAAUCACGUGCGAGUCUGGCACUCGUCUUGCUGCGAUCGCUCGAGCAGAGGCGCGCACACAACGAGUGCAGUCUGAUACCGCUCUAGCAAUUUCAGACCUGGAAGCAAUAUGCCAAUUGGCUGACUUUGAGGAUGACGACAGCAAGACAUCAACACCGUCGCUAACGGCCAGACCCUCGACCAGCCCAGCACCACGACCACCUGGUUGCAUAGGUGGUAGCAGUGUUCUCGGCCCUGGUAGCGGUGUCCCACAGCUUAGCCCACUAGAGACGGCUCGAUUGAACAUGAAGCACACUGUCAGUGCUGCAGCAGCAGUCGGUUUGGCAUCUGCGUCCACGGACGUUUUCGAGUUCGCCGAUGAUCGUUCAGUUGGAAGCAGUUCGGCUUAUCCGUCGCCUUCUCCUCAGUAUACCCCGUUUGCAUAUGGUGCUGUGGGGAGCCCCCUUUCCGGACAAUCCAUCAGGGGAGCUCCGACUAAGCGUCGUCCAAGGGCUCGUAAAUCAGCUAAUAUGGGUGAUCGAGUUGGUGAAAUGUCGUCUCCGACCGUGAAAGAUCCUACAAUAACAGGUCUCGGAACUCGAAAACCAAGAGGCAAAACAGGGGUUCGUCGUCCACGUGGUUCUCGAAGAGGAGCUCUAGCAAUGACACAUGCCGAAUUAGAAAUGCAACAACGAAUGAUUCCACCAUUGCAGCGAUCGUAUAGUGAUUUCGAACCAAUGACCAGUACGGGAUUAGUUGGAACACCUUCAUCACCAUAUGUGGACACCGAAUCGGAUGAUGAAUGUGAUCCGCCACCACCACCAAAGACGUUGACGAUGUUCCCGUCACCAGCAGCAGGUCAACUUACAGCUGCCUCUUCGGCGGUUAAUAGCCCCUCGCAUUCGAUGAGUCCCUUGUAUACGUCCGCCAGCACUCCAUCCACUACUGCCGUCCAUCCUCCCCCUUCACCGUUAGCAGCAGCGUCGCCGUCAGUUAGUCAGCCAGCUCCACUCCCCUCACCUCGUGCGAAUCAACAAAGGAAAAGCCUUGAUGUAGUAGUAGGAAAACUAAAAACUCCAUCGGCACCACAAUCAACUCCUCCUGCAAAAAGAAGCGUAUUCAGUGAUCUCUAUGACGACGGCACGGAAUCGCCUCCACCGGCUGAGGAACGCAUCUCGGCCGCGUCAGCAGUACCGUCGACCACAUUUCCAAACACGACUAUAAAUGCGUCUCCAAUCCCACCUCUGACCGUCACCGCUCCGGCGGGCACAUCAUCUCCAAGGGUUUCUGAACCGCUACGAGACCCGUCAGCAUCUAAUGACAGCUCUCAAAAUACAACACCAACAGUGAAGAUCGAAGGCGCAAGCAAACUGAUUUUGAAGAUUCCGAAAGUACCAUCAAGGUCAUCACCUUCUGUAGAAACUCAAAAAACGAAGUCAGUUCCCAUGCAGGCGAUGCCAAAACUCGAAAAGCAGGAAAAGAAAAGAGAUAAAGAGAAGAAGGAAGGGCAUAAGGAAAGAAAUAAGGAGAAAACCGAUGAAGCUAGAAGACAAAAAAGAAAAGCUGAAGGAAAGGAAAAAGACCGUGAACACAAGAGACAUAAGACUGCUGUAUCGUCGUCGCAGUUUGACUCGUCCGGUGGUCCUGCUAAGACUUCAGGCGCUCCGUUACCAUUCGGAUUUGUUGGCAGUUUGAAGAAUUUCAAAAUCCCCAAGCGAGAAGAAGUUAAAGAGAGCCCAAAGGAGAAGGAUACAACCACUGCUGCGCCUAUUCAACAGGUCCAGCCCACACCUGCCCCUUUAUCAACUCCUACUCCGAAUCCGCCCCCACUUCCUCCGAAACCAUCGCUGCCAAGGAAAAGUUCCGUCCCGAUCCCACCGCCACCAAUGAUUCCAUUACCACGUCAACCGUUGCUGAGUACGCCACCGACUGGACCAUCAUCCGGGCCACCAAUGGGUGUUGGACCACCACGGAAGCCACCACCAAUUCCUGACCAUAGGGAUAGGAGGCCUUCAAUGAUUGGAGCGCCACCAUUUCGUGGAAUUACAUCUUCAAUACCAUUACCAAAAGGCCCUCCACCCCCUCAGGCUACACUAUCAUCUGGAGGAGGAACAUGGAUUCGACCACCAUCACAUAUUCCUACUCAAAGUAUAAGAUCUCCUUCACCGGAUCCGAAUGCGAUGCAAAUUGAUGACGAUCUCAAUAGUCCAGAAGAUUCAUUACGUAUAGCAGACGAUUAA